AUGUGCCAAGUCUACAAAAUUCCAAUUCACGGAGAGCUCAUUCUAACUGCUGGAGCUGUACAUACACCUCAGCUGCUCAUGCAAUCGGGUGUUGGAGACGAAGAGGAAAUUCGAGCUGCGAAUAUAACGCCCGUCGUUAACCUUCCAGCCGUCGGCAAAAACCUCCAAGUAUAUAAACACGAUUUGGCUAGCUAG